GCAUAAAGAUCAUGUAUUCGAGAAGAGAUGGAUCGUCUCGAGAUACAGAGGAGGCGAUUUACGUCACGCUCGGGAAGGAAUUUAAGAAAGACAGUACCAACCUCUCGUGGGUCUUGGUGAACUUCCCGACGGCUCGAAUCGUCUUUCUCCAUGUUCAUUGGCCUUCGAAGUGGAUGCCCUUCAUGGGCGGUAAAGUUUCACACAAGUUAGCAAAUGAACAAGAGCAGGAAUUGCACAGAAGAAAUGAGAGGAACGAAAUGCUCAAAUUGAUGUGUCGGUACAAACGCAUCUGUACGAGAAGAAAGGUGAAGUUAGAGUACGUAAAUGAUGAAAAUGUUCUAAGAGGUAUUAUAAAUCUUGUGAAAACAUUUCGAGUAAAGAGAUUGGUUACAGCUUCAAGAUCCAUGUCGAAGCAAGCUGAACUGCUCGAAUGCUGCCAGAUAUGGCUGGUCCGCGAUGGAAAUCACAUCUCCACCAGCGGAGCUAUUCGAGAAGAUACUGAGACAAAAGUUGAGAAUGAAGAAAGUCAAGAAUUGUCUAUACCUGCACUGGAGCCAUUAACCAAUGAAUCUGAAGCAUACGCAGCGAAUGAAUCUGAAGCAUACGCAACGCCGUCGAGUGAUCUGGAUGAUGAAAUACCGAGUGAUCAAGAUGAGAUUCACACUCUCACAGACAGAAGUUUAUGUCACUCGGACGUGAGUCAGAAAACUGAGACCACAGUUCGCGAAAACGAAUCGCCAUCGGAAAGCAACACCACAACUGAUGAGAGUGGAGGCGAGAUGUUUUCUGAAGAAGCUCCAGAUCGCCCGGUUAAGCAUAAGAGCUUCAGGAAUGAUGCAGCUGAAGUCCAAUUACUAUGGGCAGAGGUUAAACAGCUUAAAAGAGAGGUCAAGAAGUUAAAGAUCCGUCUAAAGAACGAAAGUAGUAUAGCAAGCAAAGGAAAGGCCGUGUUCUCAGAGCAGAAGUUAAAAGGUGUUGGAGACAACCCAAAUCCACCAAUUCCAGAACAUGUCACAGAAUUCUCCCACUCAGAACUUAAGCGAGCAACCAACAAUUUCAACCGAAGAAACAUAAUUGGCGAAGGAGGUUACGGCCCGGUCUACAGAGGCAAACUGCGUGGCGCCGUGGUUGCGAUAAAGAUGCUAAAUCCGAAGAGCAAACAAGGCCAUCCCGAGUUCCAGCAAGAGGUUCAUGUGCUAGGCAUGAUCAAGAACCCAUAUAUAAUUAAACUAAUGGGAGUGUGCUCAAAGUCAUGUUCUCUUGUCUACGAAUACCUCCCCAGUGGCACACUGAAGCAACAGCUUGUUCGCGCGCUAUCCUGGCAAGACCGUGUCCGUAUACUCGGCGAGCAACGCUCCGCCCUCAUUUGCCUCCACACAAACAAGCCAUACGCUAUAAUCCAUGCCGAUCUUAAGCCUCAGAAUAUACUUCUCGAUGAGAACAAUAUAAGCCGCCUCGGAGACUUUGGCACUGCUAGAGCGAUACUCAACGACCCGUCGAACCAAGAAACUAUCUGUCGAAAGACGAACCCGAUGGGGACUACGGGGUACAUGGACCCUAUAUUCUUGAUGACGGGAGAGUUAACACCUCAGUCCGAUGUGUAUUCAUAUGGUGUCGUAACUUUACAGCUUCUGACAGGGCUUCUGGAAUUGAAUAUAGCUGAGCAGGUGGAGGAGGGGCUUAGGAGGGGGGUCGCGAGGCAGAUUCUCGACGGUUCUGCUGGAGACUGGCCAGCAGUGCAGGCUGAGAAGCUGCUGAGGUUGGCCUUGAGGUGCUGCAGCCUCGAAAGGAAGCAAAGGCCGAGCCUCGAAUCAAAGGAAUGGAGAACACUCGAUAUAUUACGGGCUAUGGCAGGGAAAUCAAGAAAACUCGAAAGCACGAGCAUCAAAAAGGGUGCGAUUUGAUCUACGAUCGGAACAAGGAGAGACCUUUUCGAAUUUAACAGUGUGCGCGCUACGUGAAUGGACAUGAAGAAACAUAGAUUACAGUGUGUACGUACAUGUACAUAGUUGUAGUUAUGCAUGUAAACUAUGAAAUAACAGUCGAAAUUGAGCUCGAACAUUUGCCGACUAUUUCAAAGGCAAAGAUUAGAACAAUUUGAGAUUGUAAUUUGUAUAGGAAAGAUCAUGAGAUCCUGGACAUCAUAACCUAUUAUUGUUACAACUCAAUAUAGAUUUUCAAGUUGAAAUUUUGUUAAA